AUGCGCUCUAUCAAAGAAGAAGAACCUAUUUUGGUGUUUUGCCAAAAGAUGGCACCGUCUCUUGUCACGCUCUUGAGUGGUCCUCCUGAAUUUCAGUACAUUGCUCUGCGUAACAUGGACAUUGUGCUCCAAACGUAUCCGCAAGUACUGAACAACGAAAUGCGUGUGUUCUUUUGGAAAUACAAUGAUUCCUUGUAUGUUAAACUGGAGAAAUUAGAAAUCUUGAUUCGCCUCAGCCUUAGCAAACAACAUGGAUCAGUUACUGAGCGAAUUAAAAGACUCCCUCUUAGGUACGCCAAUGAAGUCGAUGUCGAGUUUGUAAGGCGCUCCGUAAACGCGAUUGGAAGAUGCGCCAUCAAGAUUGACGACGCUGCAGAGCGUUGCAUCCAUGUAUUAUUAGAUCUCAUCAGUACCGGUGUCAGUUAUGUCGUACAGGAAGCCAUCGUUGUCAUCAAAGACAUGUUUCGAAAGUACCCUCAAACUUACGAAUGCAUCCUUCCUCAAUUAUGCGAGAAUUUAGAUGUGCUGGAUGAGCCUGAAGCCAAAGCAGCACUCACUUGGAUCAUUGGCGAGUAUGCAGAGAGCAUUGUAAAUGCAGACAAGCUGAUUCGCUUCUUUCUAGACAAUUUCAAGGAAGAGAAUUCCCAAGUGCAACUGCAACUACUUACUGCUACUGUCAAACUGUUUUUGGAAAAGCCCAACGAGAAUCAAGCACUAGUACAGGAAAUCCUCCAAGUGGCCUCCAUGGAAUGUGAUAAUGCAGAUAUACGUGACAGAGCUUACAUUUACUGGCGACUGUUGUCCACAGAUCCACAGGCAGCCAAAGCAGUAGUUUUGUCAGAGAAGUCACCUAUUGCAGGUGAAAAUCAGGAACUGUCGCCUGCUUUGCUGGAUACUUUGAUUUCAGAGAUCGGCACCUUGGCAUUUGUGUACCACAAGCCUGCGGAAACGUUCGUUGCUGGCAAGAAAUAUGGAGCAGACCAUGUAGCCAAGGCAGUGCAUAAACAGCAGCACAUGGACGGCGACAACGAUGAUAAAGGAAAAGACGAGGCCGAGAAUAUCAAGCAAGCAAUCGAAAACAAUGACAUUGGUGAUUUGCUAGAUUUGGACUGGAGUGAUGCGCCAGUUGUGAAUAAUUCGCCUGCACCUCACACCAACACUGUGCUGGAUGAUUUACUAUCACUCAGCAGUACUAAUACUACAAGCAUCAAUAGCAGUAAUACACAUGAUCGGGAUGAUGUUAUGAGGCUAUUCAGUUCUCCUCCAUCUGCACCUAUCAGCACAGUAACAACCCAACAACCAGCAGCAGACCCUUUUGCUCAUCUUUUCUAG